GAGUACCCAUCAACAUCACUCUGAAGUACCGCCAGGCCGGAGACUACCCGGUCGAUCUCUACUACCUGAUGGAUCUGUCUAACUCCAUGAAAGAUGAUAAGGAGCAGUUGGCUACUUUAGGGUCGAAGUUGGCGGACCAGCUGAGAAUCCUCACCAGUCAAUUUAAUCUUGGCUUCGGAUCCUUCGUCGAUAAAGUGCUGAUGCCGAAUGCUGACACCUCGCCCAAUAAAAUCAAGAAUCCGUGUGCAGGGUGCGCCCCUCCAUACUCCUUCAGGAAUGACCUUCCGCUUAACAACAACGACUCACUCUUCACGGAGAAGGUAAGGCAGGCGCCGAUCUCAGGAAACAUGGAUUCUCCUGAAGGUGGCUUCGACGCUCUCAUGCAAGUGAUGGUUUGCAAGAAAGAGAUCGGCUGGAGGGAUCAGGCUCGUCGUAUAGUAAUCUUCUCCACUGAUGCCAAGUUCCACCACGCUGGUGACGGCAGGCUGGCUGGUAUCGUUGCUCCCAAUGACGAGCUAUGUCACCUUAACGGCCUUAACGAGUAUGGGGACUUUGAUAAGUACGACUAUCCUUCUAUUGCCCAGAUUAACAAGGUUGCCAAGGAGACGAAUAUCAACGUGAUCUUCGCUGUGUCGGGUCAUGAGGACCUCUACCGGGAACUGGCGCAGAUGAUUGAAACUUCCUCGUACGGUAAACUGGACAAAGAUUCCUCCAACGUUGUCGAACUUGUUCGUGAUCAGUACAAUAAAAUUUCGUCUGUGGUUCGUCUGACAGACAACAGCACCAACUCAGACGUCAGCAUCAGGUACUUCUCCAAGUGCAAGGAUGGUGGCGACCUCAGAGUCACCAAGGAGUGUGGAGGCAUCAAGGAGAACGAUGAAAUCGACUUUGUCCUGGAAAUCAAGUUAAAUCAGUGUCCCAAGGACGUGGAGAAGACUCUGGUGGAGGUGAAGACACUCGAGGACAACCUUAUGCUCGAGAUUGAGUACAAGUGCACCUGUGACUGUAACACUCAGGACGUACACGGGGCGUAUUGCCACUGUAACCGGCGGAAGUGCAUCUCAGGAGUGGGAGAUGUAUGCAGCGACCGUGGCACAUGUGAAUGCAACAAGUGUCGUUGCAACCCAGGCUUCACGGGCGACCUCUGUCAGUGCAGGGACGACUCCGCCUGCAGGCCCGGAGGUGCGCAGGAGGUGUGCUCUGGCCACGGUGCGUGUGACUGUGGCAAGUGUAAGUGUAAUCAGCAGCAGGGAAUUAGCUACACUGGCCAGUACUGUGAGGAUUGUCCGACAUGUUCAGCGGGAAAGUGUUUAGAGUUCCGUGACUGUGUACAGUGCGCACACUUCGACACUGGCAAACUCAAAGGUUCUAAAUGUUUAUCUUGCCAAACAAGGAACGUCGUCGACUCACUCGAAGGCAUUUGCAUCUCUCAUGGUAUCAGUAAACUGCUGACUGUGUAUCCCUCUGGUACAUGUCACGGAAAGUGUUUAGAGUUCCGUGACUGUGUACAGUGCGCACACUUCGACACUGGCAAACUCAAAGGUUCUAAAUGUUUAUCUUGCCAAACAAGGAACGUCGUCGACUCACUCGAAGAGAAAGUGCUUGAGGGUGCUCGUCUCUGUACUUUUGAGGACGAGGAAGGUUGCUACUUCAACUUCACGUACCGCUACGUGGAUAGUUCCUCAAGCACGGACUCUCCAAAGUACAAGAUCAUUCGUGCAGAAGGAGAGACAGUGUCCCUAACCACCCCCGCCAUACCUUCACCUGGGGCAGGUAUCGUCUUCGGUCUGAUAGCGGCUAUCGUGGCUAUCGGUCUGCUGACUCUGCUCAUCUGGAAGCUGCUGACUACCAUCCACGACCGCAGAGAGUAUGCUAAGUUUGAGCAGGAGAGGAAGGCUGCCCAGUGGGAGACGGCAGAGAAUCCCUUAUACAAGAGUGCGGAAACUACGUUCAAGAACCCAGCGUUUGCGAAGUCUCAGUAGACGGAGGAAGAUGCUACAUCAUAGUACCAGUAGACGGAGGAAGAUGCUGGAAGGAGUGGAGGAUGAGGAGAGAGCCUUCUACUUUACUAUUCUUGUAUCAACUAUCAGCUAAUAGUAAAUAGUUCUUCACAGUGAUACUAGUAGUUAGUCGUUCUUUGCAUAUGGUAAUGCACACUGAAAAAUCUCCUAUCUGCCUGUUAUUUGAAGUAUUGCAGUGCACCUCCUCCCAGUGCACUUCCUCCCAGUGCACCUCCUGCCAGUGCACCUCCUCCCAGUGCACCUCCUCCCAGUGCACCUCCUCCCAGUGCACCUCCUCCCAGUGCACCUCCUCCCAGUGCACCUCCUCCCAGUGCACCUCCUCCCAGUACACCUCCUCCCAGAGCACCUCCUCCCAGUGCACGUCCUCCCAGCCCCCUCCCAGUGCACCUCCUCCCAGUGCACCUCUUCCCAGUGCACCUCCUCCCAGUGCACGUCUUCCCAGUGCACGUCUCCCAGUGCACC